AUGGCGGCAUUACAGUACAUGUAUUGGGAGAAGGUGCAACCUCCUGGUGCACCAGCCUUUAACCCACUGGUAUGUAUGUACCCAUUGAUGAAGAACUGGACCAAAGUUGAAGGGAAGAAGAGAGACGCCUCCGACGCACAAUAUGGCCGUGGGAAGGGAAAUAUUGACAAUGAUAUUACUGCGGAGCAUAGACUCUCAAAAAUAAACAUAGGAAAUAGUGUUGGGAGAAAAACAUCCGUUUCAAGGAACGCCACAAAAGCUCCUGCGAAAAACCCCCCUUACAUGGAGCAACUUUUGGAAAGGGUUAAUCGCAUGUCUGGGGAGCUUACUCUUGUCCGUAAGCAGAUUGCAACUAUAGCAGAUUCAUGCGCAGAGAGAGUUAUUGCAAAGUUAAAUCAGGAGGGGAUCAUUUAUAGACGUGAGAACAAAGGCACGUCUGAAGGGGACAAGGAAAGCGAGAGCAGCCAUAAGGGAGUUUAUCCAUCAAAGUACUUCACAUCAGUUCAAAAGGACGAGGAUGUUGACGACGAUGAUGUUAACGAGGACGAGCUAGACAAUGCAAAUGGCAGCACACCUGCACCACCUGUUGCACGCAAAUUAAUGGUCGAUGAUCCUCAACCAUCUUUCACCCGUUACUUGUUCGUUGCAAGUAACUUCCAUUCACUAGAUGCACUACUUCAGGUAAAUGAUUUGACUGAAGAUCACGUCGAAACUGCCGUGUCACUUGUAAAAGAACUAUCAAAGUGCUCCCGACGCCGCAACAAAAAAGUUUACUCUUCUGAAGGACUCGUGCUGACUGCCCACCAUGUUGCAUCUAUUAUAACCCAUGACUGGUUGAUGGGCGAUGUCAUCAAUGCUUAUGUGCGACACUUGUCUCGUCGUGUUCCAGAUGAUCGUGUCCUGUCCACCACAUGGAGGUCGACGCAUCUCAUAGAAGGGAAGACGAGGGGUAGAGAUUAUUUUCCACCCGGCCACCCCCAGAUCGAAAUAGAGAAGAAUCAAGCCAUUCACAGAUGCAUGGACGAGUAUUUCCAUAAACCGAAGUACUAUCUCGCAGUAAACGUUAAUGGCAAUCAUUGGGUCACCGUCGUGAUGCAUGUACCCAAGAAGGAAUUUCAAGUAUUAGAUUCCCUCUAUGUUCUUCGCAGUUACAUACAUAUCAUUGAAGCAUUGACACUCGUUGACUCUACCAGAGAAGUUAUGGUCGGUGAAAUAAUUUUUUCACCUAGUAACGAGCUGGAUAGGAUCAAAGAUAAACUACUCAACCCCAAUGGCGAGGAAGAUGAUGCUUAG